AUGACAACGUCACCGCCCCAAGGCUGCGGCAGCAUCGGUGCUGACUACCACCUGCUCUGUGACACAGAGCAGGCCUGGGGGAUUGUCCUGGAGUCGCUGGCUGCAGCAGGCAUCCUCAUCACCGUUUUCCUCAUCUGCUCGCUCUUCUUCCUCAUCUGCAAAGUCCAAGACAACAGCAAGCGGCACACGAUCUCCAUCUACUUUUUCUUUCUUUUAGGCACACUUGGCGUUUUUGGUCUCACUUUUGCCUUCAUCAUUAAACUCAAUGACAGGACUCGUCCCACUCGCUUCUUCCUAUUUGGGGUCCUCUUUGCUCUCUGCUUCUCGUGCCUCCUCACCCAUGCCUGCAACCUCAACAAACUAGUGAGAGGAAGAAAGCCCUUCUCCUGGCGGGUGCUGCUGCUCUUCCUUGUUUCCUUUGCCCUGGUACAAGUUGUGAUCAGCAUUGAGUACUUAGUCACCAUGUUAGUAAACCAGAGAGACAAAUUCCUGAAUAUGACUCGGGAGGAUACCAACAAGGACUUUGUCAUGCUUCUGAUCUACGUGCUCUUCCUGAUGGCUCUGACCUUCUUGGUUUCCAUGUUCACAUUCUGUGGGUCAUAUAAAAGCUGGAAGAGGCAUGGGGCGCACAUCUUUGUCACUGUCCUGUUCUCCAUUGCCAUUUGGGUAGUGUGGAUCACAAUGCUCAUAAAAGGCAACACGGAUUUAGGCAAAGAAAUGUGGGAUGAUCCUGUUGUGGCCAUUGCUCUGGUGUCCAAUGGCUGGAUUUUCCUGAUAAUGUAUAUUGUCCCUGAAAUUUGUUUCCUCACUGCUCCUCUGAAGCUAGAGGACUACCCUCCAGAAAAUGACUUCUGCCAACCCAAGUUCAUAAAGCAGGCAACUGGAGUGGACAACCGUGCCUACACCCAAGAUGAAAUUGUGCAAGGAGACCUCAACUACUCGCCGUACUCCUCUCACUUCCAGAUGAAGGCCAUUGAACCCCAGAAUGAUUUCUCCAUCCCUCGCCCCAAGGCUCGGACAAGCCCAUACCAUGACUACACUGGUGGGAAAAGCCCCAUGUAG